AUGUGGAUAUCGAAGAUAAAUACGAAUCAGAUUUCGCCACUAACGGUGAAUUUUUUGGAAUUGCUGUUUGGUUAUAUAAACUCAUAUUUGAUUGAUUUGUCAAAUCUGAUGGUGGUGGUAAAUUCGUCCUGCAAUUUCCUCAUUUAUUACGCAUUCGGAAGCCGCUUCCGGAAGACGCUGAAAGAAUAUGCGAAAAUGAUUUGCUAUCGGCAAUCGGCUGCGAAACGAAGCAUUCGUAACGGAGCGCCAGCAAAAACUCAAAUCGAAUUGCUCAUUUAA